CUUCCCCGCGACGCCCCGCCACUGCAGCAUUAUUCGAACAUUAGUGUACUAUCAUUGUCUGGUUGCUGUGCCGUCCCGUUGUCGCUGCUGGUGCGCCCGAGAGGCGAACUGCUGCUCCUCGACCUCGAACUCUACAAAGGCCGUUUCCCAGUUCCUCCGCCGCGCGAGCUCGAUUCCCAUCUCGACAACCCUCACCCUCCAAGCCAACAUGUCGACCGCUACCACAACCAACGUUGCCGAACCCAUCACGGCCGAGACGAUCCUUCGCCUCUUUCCCGACAUCGACACGAGGAGCGACGCGCUCGAGGGUCACGAUGAGGAACAGAUCCGCUUGAUGGACGAGGUCUGCAUUGUCACCGACCAGAACGACCUUCCCAUUGGUACUGCCAGCAAGAAGCUCUGCCAUCUUAUGACCAACAUCGAUAAGGGUCUUCUUCACAGAGCCUUCUCUGUCUUCCUCUUCAAUGACAAGAACGAGCUUCUCCUCCAGCAGCGCGCCACCGAAAAGAUCACCUUCCCCGACAUGUGGACCAACACCUGCUGCUCGCAUCCUCUGAACCUUGCCAACGAGACUGGAUCGACCCUUCCCGAUGCUAUCGCUGGUGUCAAGAACGCUGCCAGGAGGAAAUUGGACCAUGAGCUGGGCAUCAAGCAGGAGCAGGUCCCCUUUGAAGAUUUCCGUUUCCUUACCCGUAUCCACUACAAGGCUCCUAGCGACGGAAAGUGGGGUGAGCACGAGAUUGAUUACAUUCUGUUCAUCAAGGCCAACCCCGAGGUCAACGCCAACCUAAACGAAGUCCAGGCCACACAGUGGGUUUCUGCCGAGAAGCUCAAGGAGAUGUUCAAGGACCCCUCCCUCAAGUUUACCCCCUGGUUCAAGCUCAUCUGCGAGUCUAUGCUCUUUGAGUGGUGGGCUUCCCUUGACAACGGGCUUGAAAAGUAUACCGACGAGCAGGAGAUUCGCCGUAUGCUAUGAACAAGACGACCGUUGCGUGUGUGGAAACGAGAAGUUGAAAAAAUAAAUAAAACAAAGCAACUAUUACCUGUCGAACUUACGCUGUUCGCAACCAGACAGGACUUAUAAUUCUAAUCAUAUUACCCACGUCCACCCAACCCCGAGCUAUCCGCUUUUGUUUGCCUGGCGGAUAAGACGUCGUGCAAAGGGCCUCUCAUCUUCUGUUUUCAUCUUAUUUGCGUCGGUCAUGGUCGGCGCUUGACGGGAUUGUUCAUUGAAGAGUAAAGAUAAGGGGGGGAGGGCGAAUAGAGGACAAGAAACACGUUACACAUCCACAUCCACCAGAUGUCCUGAACGCCUUGAUUUGGGGGUUUGCAAUGGCUUCCCUAGCUGGUAGCACCGUGGAAUGACAUGCGUUACGAUAACAAACACUGCGGAGGUAUGCGCAAGCCUGUGGGUGGAACGUAUUGGCGAAGAACUGGUGAGCAUCACCAACCACCUUCGAAAUCGGGAUACCGUCUUUUUCGAGACAAAUCAAACAUCGUAUUCCCAUUCUGUCACUGAGGAUCUCUAUCCAGGACUUGAUUGAUCAGUUGUAGGGCGGCUGAGAGAGCAAUGGCUGCAUCACCUGAUCAUCUUGCAUGACCCUAUUCCUCAAGCCAAGGCUAACAACAGAUUGAUCGUCCCGUCGCAAAGCGUCUUGGUGCUUAUAUGUGAGAGUCGAUGAUUGGAUAAUAUGAGGCAGGAGAGACAUCUUGGGGCGCUCCGAGACAGGGCUACAACCGGCUAUGUUUUACUUGAUCUCUUUCUCCCGCCCCGCCAGCCAUCGAGGUGCCACUGAUGCUCCUCACCCAUACUGCAUAUCGCCUCUACCUAUCUACCUCAGGAUUUGCUGACCUUCAACAUAGAAUUUUGGCCAGGAUCUCCACAGGCGUAGGCAUCAGUUCAGCACAUG